AUGGACGAUAAGACUCGCAAGACAACAACUGUGCUCGACGUUGAAGACGACGACGCCCGUCAACGUCGCAUUCAACUUGCCUUGGAAAAGUUAAACCAGUCGUCUGCCACCGCCCCCGCGGUAUCCCCGUUUUCCUUUAGCAACGCAAAGGACUACAAAUUUGCCCCCGCAAAUGAACUGAUCUCGCGUGUGCAAGCGUUUCUUCCUCAGCUGGAAGUGUCCAACUCCUUGCUGGCGAAGAAGAUGCAAGAGGACCCGGCAAGUGUUGAUAUCGAGAAUAUUACGGAAGGGGAGCAUCGGUAUAUUGAAAUGAAUCUUGGCCUAGGUGUAUUUGAACAGCGCAGCAAGAAUCAAGAGAUGGAUGUCGAUGCCGACGACUCGGAGUCGUCCAGCUACUCUUCAACUUCGACUACUUCCAGCUCUGGAUCCUCUGCUUCAGACGACACGACCUCAGACAUUGACUAUGACUCGGAUGCGUCCUCAGAAAUCAUAACUUGCUUUAUUCCGUCCAGGCCCAUCCGACCUCUUCCAAAGCGCAAGCCUCGUCCUCAAAUCGUUGUCUUAGGGGAUUAA